UGACCUGAAGACUAAAAUCGAGAAGGAGGAUACAAAGCGAGAGCUGCUGGGCUCUCAGAGUCAGUUGUCCGACUCGCUCUGCAUCCGCUGCCUGCAGCCCUUCAAGUUCCUGGUCAAUAGUAAGCGUCAGUGUCUGGACUGCCGCAUGUACACCUGCAAGUCCUGCAGCCGCUACAACAAGAAGGAGCACGGCUGGGUGUGUGACAACUGCCGCAUGACCAGAGUGGUGAAGAUCGGUACUGUCGGUUGGUACCACGACAACGUGAGAAACCGCUUCAAGCGCUUCGGCAGCGCCAAAGUGAUGAGAUCACUGUACAAGAGGCUGAACGGAGACGGUGGCCGCGAUGACGACACCCAGAGUAUGCCGGACGUCCGCAGCCAUGCAUACAACGGGGCCGAGGACGACCACGGAGAGGCCGACGCUCAGCGCUACAAAGUGAUGAGGAAGAGUAAACGUCUGCUGUCGGUUCAUCCUCUGGACUUCGACCCCGAGGAAUAUUUCCCUCAUUCACGACGACCGUCUGUACAGCAGAUGCAGGAGGAUCGAGCUUACAGGAACGAUGUAGACUACGAUAUGUACAACCACCGAGUGAACCGCAGGAAGAGUCUGGACCGAUACGCCAUGAGACCUGGUGUACAUCGCAGCCGGUCAGUCGUAUGAACUGGAGACGAAACUGCGGCGACUUGAGCAGAGCGCCAAGAACCGCUUCGGAGGGACGACGGACUCAGAGCUGUCGGAGCUGGAGGACGUGGUGGCGCUGACCGCCGCCAGAGUCCAAAGCGCCGAGAGCGAGGUGUCGGAUAUUGAGAGUAAGAUCGCUGCUUUGAACGUUGUAGGAUCGAAGAAGAAGGUUUCUGGAGCUCAUCAGAGGAAAAAAUCAACACAAGAGUUCUGCAAAAACACAAACGGAGCUCAGUGGAAAUCAAACAACAUGUACUAAACCUGCUGGAACCAGCUGAGAGCAACACAAAGCUUGUUGUUGUUGUUGUUGUUGUUGUUGUUGUUGUUCAUUUACACUUUAAGAUUAAAGUUAAUCAAACUAAAAUAAUACAAAUUCAGAUUAAAGAAUGAAAAAUGUGUGAAUUCAACAUUAAUCUUCUUUUUCCUUUUUGGCUCUAAAAUUAAU